AUGUCCAUCCGCAGCGUCUUGGUCGUAGUUCUCGAGCAGGGAACCCUCGCAGUCCUUGUCGCCGCCGCUAACUGCUUGCCGUCGUGUCCUGCCGCCGUCCGCGCGCUUUCCGAAAUGACGUAUGCAAAAGAGUCGGACAUCACUGUAACGAAUGGGAACUUGAAGAAGGAUAUCCAUGUUCGCAUCCGUCGUAUUAUGGAGCAUUCGCGAUGGCUCCAGAGCGACAUCAUUUAG